GAUUGGAUGGAGGGAGGGAAGCCAGAGUGGGUGUGGGAGAUGGAUGGGUGGAUGCAUCAGUCACUGACUGACUGACUGCCUGUACUGUAUGUACUGUAUGCACAAUGUAUGUUCACUUCUAGCCCACCCACCAUUUUUCCUUCCCUUCCCUUUUCUUUUCUUUCCUUUUCUUCAUUUUCCAUCUCCAUCUGUCUUCCUGCAUUUCACUUCCUCCCUUUUCUUUUCUUCCUCUGGGCACUACUGCAGACUACUACUGGAUAGUAUGGACGGCUGCCUUGGGAUGACGGUUUUUGAUCUUCGCCGAACCAAGUCCAUUUAUUGGGAGUUGUGUUGCCCCCCUCAGGCUGUUGUUGCUCCGUGCACUUGCUUGUCUUUCAAGUUCUUUCCCCCUCCUUCGACUCCGAUCGCCCAAUUACGCCGUGCCGAUACACAGGUGGCAAUUCCCGGUGAGGAUUCUACUGUUCUCUCCCUCCAUCCAGUCCGAUGGCUGUCGUCUGUAGCUGAAAACUCUUGUUUGUCUCCUUUCCUCUAGACUCGAUGGGCUUUCGAUAGCGUACUACACUACUUGACGAUGCUAUCUAUGAGGUCGCUAUGGAACAUGACCUCCAGGCAGCAAAGAAACUCCGGAGCAUUACGGGAACCUCUCAAGGCAAACAAAUCAUCAUCAGAAAAGUGAUACUUGGGACGUUGAAACUAAGUACUCCGUAGGUCGUUUCGGCUCCUUACUUGGGCUGAUGGGCGUUCCCUCUCAGACGGCAUGGCGGUGGUAAUGUCGCCGAUCCACAUUCCCCGAAUCGCUCACUCGCUGUGUCGUCGUCACAGCAGAUCCGCCGGCUCCAUGAUCUUCGCGGUGAUGCGCA